CCUCGUCUCUCUCUCUUAUCGUUUCUCACCUCGUCACUCUCACCUCGUCUCUCUCGCCUCGUCUCUCUCUCUCAUCUAUCGCUCCCAACGCUCUCCUCUCACCGCUCCCAAGCGAGGUUUGAAUUCGGCAGCGUGCAGCAAAAAGGGACAAGCACCAGGCCUGCCCUAGGCCUUCACUUGGCCUGAACUAGGCCUGGACUAGGCCUGAACUAGGCCUGUGCUAGGCCUGUGCUAGGCCUGAAACUAGGCCUGAACUAGGCCUGCACUAGGCCUGAACUAGGCCUGCACUAGGCCCAGAGGAAGCCUAAGAGCGAAGGCCCGAGGAUCGUCGUGUGCCACAGCAUCCCGGCCACCUCCGCAGCUCCUCGAGCCGCGUUCCGAUAUUCUUCCGGUGGAAACGCUGGUACGCUCGUGCGCCCGUCGCCACCAAAACCAGGCGCCGCCCCCACACCACACCCAACCGCCCUUCUCCGCAACGUGAUCGCCGGAAAUCGCGCGGAGGGAGGAGCUGGGGUGACGCGGUGUGGUUGACGCGACCCUUCGCGGGCGCUCUGCGCGAGGUCACGAAGGAGGAGAUCGUUGCGCCCGUCGUCCUCGUCGCCGGAGGAGCCACAGCGAUGCCGGGCUCUCCGCGGUCCAAGUCUCCGUCGCGCUCGCGGUCGCGCUCGCGCUCGCACUCCUCGUCCAGCUCGGGGAACUGGUCCUACUCUAAGAAGCGCUCGCGCUCGCGUUCCCGCUCCUACUCGCGCUCGCGCUCCCGCUCGCGGUCGCGCAGCAGCCGCUCGCAGUCGCGCUCGCGCUCGCGCUCCCGCAGCCGCUCGCGCUCCUCCUCGUCGUCGUCGUCGUCGCGCGGCGCCUCGCGCUCGCCCGACCGCUCGCGGGAGACCUCGGUGGCCGCGCCGGGAGGAGGAGGAGGAGGCCGGGCCGGGGCGGCCUCGGCGGCACCGGCGGCCGGGGGGGAGGCCGCCGCGAGCGGCGGGGGUUUCGCGGCGCGCGCCGGCGGCGCGUUUGGUGGGGCGGCCGGGCCCGCGGGAGGACCGCGCGCCCGCACCACCUCGGGCUCGUCCAGAGGGAAAUCCGCGUCGCCGAAGAUCGGCGGGCGCCCUCCCGCCCUGGCCGGCCUGGGCGCCGGCGCCCAGGCCGGCCAGGGCGGCGUUGGGGAAACCGGCAGGAAGGGAGACUGCGGCGGAAAAAACAACGGCGGAGGAGGAAACGACAACGAGGAGGAGGAAGAUGAGGACGAGGAUAAGGGAGGCGCACGCAAGAUGGGCGACUCGGACAAGGGGAAUGGAAAAGCAGACACGGGCGGGACGAGCGGCGGUGUGCUCUUCCCGGCGUUCAAGCGCACCACCACGGCCGGACGGGGCGCCUGGCAGGGCCUCACCACGUACAACGACAACAGCCCUCCCCACACGGCCGCCCCCACGGCCCCGACGCUGACGCUCGCCAAGCGCGCCGCCGGCGCCGCCGGGGCCGGCACCGCGGCCGGCCAGAGGAGGCCCAUGCCCCUCACGGGUCCCAUGGGCAAACCCAUCCUGCCCCAGAGGAUCACGCUCAAGAGGAACAUGAUAGGGGGCGCGGCGGCGCAGGGCGGGGGCGGCGGCGCGGCCGCGGCCAAUCAGCAGCAGGCGGGCGCUGCCGGACCGCAGGCCGGAGAGGGCCCCCCCCCGCCUGCGUCCAAGGAGAAGGCUGCCGACGGGCCCCCCGCGCCCGUCGUGCGCAGGGGAUUCACCUCGGUGCCCCCCUCGUGGGCACGGGGACCAAGGGGGGAACCGAGGCGUCGGGGUCUACGGGGGGCGGGGAGGUCGGGGGCGCGGGCGACGUUGGCGGCGGCGGCGGCGGCGGCGCCGGCGGCGGCGACGGCGGCGGCGGUGGGCCCGGUCUCGAUGUGCACGCCCCACGCUACGCGGAGGAGGCGCCCGUCACGGCCUACAAGGACCGAGAGCCGGACAGGGACCGCGACCGCGAGCGCGGCCGGGAACGCGAGCGCAAGAAGAGGCGGGACGCACUCUACAACGACGACGACGAGGAGGAGGAGGAGGAGGAGGGCGAUGAGCCCGGGGGCGUCCACGAAGAGAAGGGGGAGGGCGGCAAGAUGGCUGCCGAGCCGCCCCCCUUGACGUUCAUGAUCACGCGCAACUCGGGCGGAGGGGACUACUACGGCAAGAAGUCGGUGACGGCGUCGUCCACUCCUCCUCCGUCUGUCGCCGGCUCGGCCAAGCGCCUACGCCGCGUCGAGUCUCCCGACCAGCAGCGCUACCCCCACGCGGCCGC